AUGUCGUUGAACGACACCCUGAAUCUCGGUGGGAACACCACCGCAGCAGAACAGAAGAAUGGUCAAAGUGCUGGUCAAUUCGCUGCGUCCUUGGUCACUGCCAUUGCAGUGUUCGGGAUCCAAAUCGGAGUGUUUCUCGUCAUCAAGGACCGCUUCGCCAGAAUAUACCAGCCGCGGACAUACCUCGUCCCAGAAAGAGAACGGACCACCCCUUCACCCCCAGGCUGGUGGAAAUGGAUCAAGCCUGUGACUGCCACUUCAAACUCCGAAUUCGUCCAAAAGUGUGGCCUGGAUGCUUAUUUCUUCCUGAGAUAUCUGCGUACGCUGCUCAAAAUAUUUGUUCCGGCGGCCUUGGUUAUCUUGCCAAUUCUUAUUCCUCUCAACAUGGUCGAUGGUCGUGGGGCACAAUUUGCACUCGGCAAAAAUGAGAAUGAGAGCAAUGUGACGGGCUUGGAUCAGCUGGCUUGGGGGAAUGUCGCUCCCAACCACACAGGUCGAUAUUGGGCUCACUGGCUGUUGGCCUUGGGCCUUAUUGUCUGGAUAUGUUACGUGUCUUUCGACGAACUACGAGGCUACAUCCGAAUGCGGCAGGCAUACUUGACCUCCCCCCAACAUCGUCUGCGUGCCUCUGCUACCACUGUGCUGGUGAGCUCGAUACCUCAGAAGUGGUGCAACGUCGAGGCUCUUGAUGGCCUCUACGACGUGUUCCCUGGCGGACUGAGAAACAUCUGGAUCAACCGCAACUUUGACGAGCUCAGUGCCAAGAUAAAACGACGCGAUAAGCUCGCUAAAACUCUUGAAGCAGCCGAAACAGAGCUUAUUAGGAAAUGUUUCAAAAAGCACGAGGAGGGUAUUGCCAAAGCUGAGAAGGAGGCCGGCAAGAAACUCACCAAGGAGGAAAAGAAGCUGCGAGCUACCAUUAGGGAUGAAGCUGGUGAUCGAGCAGCCCAUGGCCAUGGAACCUCGACUGGAAACCCUCAUCAGAUUGAGCAUAACCUCCACGAUGUCAUCCACGGCCAUCAGGCUGGUUCUCACUCGGCGUCAAGCGAUGAUGAGGAGGACGAGAUUCCCGAGCCUCAGCGAGACCGGUUCAAUAUCCCCAUCAUUGGCGGAGGCAUAUCUGCGGUCACUCACGGUCUGGACAAAGUUGGCAAAGGAUUGCUGGGAGGUAUUCGUGGUGUCAACAAGGGCGUCACUGACACCAUCGACACCACCAAUGGUUUCGUGGCGGCUGAUGUCGAACAAAAGGAACUGGGCCGCAGUUCUCACGACGACAACGACGAAGUAGAAAGAGUCAGACCAACGGCAUCCAAGAACCACAAAGCAUACGGACAACCGCGAACAACACGUGCCAAAGAUGCCUCUGCAAAGAAUGACAGCUCACUUGACGACCGGGGAAGGACAAUGGAGAAUUCCACCGCUCAACGAUCCCAAAGCCCGAUCUCUCAAGGUAGUACAAUGGGGGGUGAAAAGGCUCGACCAGAAAAGCAAUUGACUAGAGUUGAAAAGCUCAAAAAAGCCAUAGGUCUCAGCUCAGACGAAAAGGAGCCAGUCGACUACCCAUCUGCGUUUGAAUGGAACUUUGACCACGACCCCGAUGAUGCAGUCUGGCGACGUUAUCUGAGCGAUAAAGAUCGCGAAACAAUGCGACUACCAAUAUUCGGCUGGCAAUGGAUGCCUUCGCUGCCUCUAAUGGGCGAAAAGGUUGACACCAUUCGAUACUGCCGAAAGGAGGUUGCCAGGCUCAAUGUCGAAAUAGAGGAUGAUCAAGCCCAUCCUGAACGGUUCCCACUGAUGAACUCCGCCUUUGUCCAGUUCAAUCACCAGGUCGCGGCACACAUGGCGUGUCAGGCUGUCAGUCACCAUCUGCCCAAGCAGAUGGCUCCACGCUUGGUCGAGAUCGAUCCCAAUGAUGUGAUUUGGGACAACAUGUCGAUCCCAUGGUGGUCUGCAUAUAUUCGAACAGGCGGGGUUGUCGCUAUUGUGGUUGGUAUGAUCAUCCUCUGGGCCAUCCCCAUCGCUUUCACGUCGGCUCUUUCGCAGCUCGAGACUGCUGCAAAGACGUGGGAGUGGCUUCAUUGGGUUCUCAAGAUUCCUGCUUGGAUCCGGAGUGUCCUUCAAGGUGUGUUGCCCGCGGCAUUGCUCGGUCUGCUACUGUUCCUGCUCCCUCUAAUCCUUCGUUUCCUGGUGCGAUGCCAGGGAACACCGUCUGGGAUGCUGGUGGAACUUUCGGUUCAACGCUACUACUUUUGCUUCCUGUUCGUCCAGUUGUUCCUGGUCGUCUCAAUCGCCUCUGCGUUGACCCAGUUCUUUGCGCUUUUCACGAGCGUAGACGGCUGGACCAACGUCCCGAGUCUCCUGGGCAACAACAUCCCAAAGGCCAGCAAUUAUUUCUUCUCAUACAUGCUGCUCCAGGCCUUGUCAGUGAGUGCUGGAGCCCUGCUGCAAGUGGGCUCACUCAUCGGAUGGUUCGUCCUCGCCCCUCUCUUCGACAAUACAGCCCGGGCCAAAUUCACACGACAGACUCAAUUACAAAACAUCCAGUGGGGAACAUUCUUCCCUGUGUACACGAAUCUGGCUUGCAUCGGUUUGAUCUAUUCCGUUAUCUCGCCCCUGAUCCUUCUCUUCAACAUCGUCACCUUCUCGCUUUUUUGGUUUGUCUACCGGUAUAACACACUUUACGUCAAUCGCUUUACUCGCGACACAGGUGGUCUUUUGUAUCCCAACGCCAUUAAUUUCACCUUUGUUGGUGUCUAUGUGAUGGAGGUUGCUCUGAUUGGCAUGUUUUUCUUGGUCAGAGAUCAACACGGGAACGUCGCUUGCUCAGGCCAGGCAAUCGGGAUGAUUGUGAUCCUUAUCCUCACCGCCGGUUACCAGUUACUGCUAAACAACGCUUUCAGCCCAUUGUUUAGAUACCUCCCGAUCACUCUGGAAGAUGAUGCAGUCCGACGAGACGAGGAAUUUGCUCGAGCAAUGCAAAGGAAACAUGGACUCAUUGAGAACGAGAAUGAAGAUGAAGAUCUCGAAGACCAGCUGGAGCGUAACGAGCGACAGUCGAUGGAGGAAGACCGCCAACAACACGAGAUCGAACUGCAAGACAUUGAAAAGGGUAGACAGGACAGACUCGAACGACAAAGGUCUCAGAAGUUGCCUGAGCUUGAGCCAUACGAGUUUCAGAAUCCAGAGAUCGCGAUGAAUUUGGACCAGGAUAGCAGAGGUGUACGAAUGAUGAAAGCAGCCGCCCAGAUGACAGCCGACAAGACGAAAGGCCUAGUGCCGCGCAAUAUUUCUCAGAGAAACAAUCGCAAAUCCUGGGCCGACCGGGAUAACACAAGGAACCGUCGAGCAUCGAACUUUGGUGAAUGGGAGAAUCCCUCACAAAGUAGAAGCCUAUCGCAAGUCGGUGGAGCAUCGAAGCGUCAGUCUCAUCAUUUGCAACAACCAAAGGGUGUCUUUGACAAGCUCAACAACUUCAACCCGGUCACGGGCAAUGAGAAGGACAUUGAAGCACAACGUGCGGCCCGGAACCAACUUGCCGAUGCUCUUUUUGGAGGAGUCAAUGACGAACUGGAGGAUCUGACCCCGGAAGAGCGCGAUCAACUCGUGCAGAGGGCUUUCCAACACAGUGCACUCCGAGCCAAAAGACCUGUCAUCUGGAUUCCUCGGGAUGAACUCGGCGUUAGCGACGACGAGGUGCACCGGAUGGGCCGCUUCAGCCAACACCUUUGGGUGAGCAAUGUCCGACAGGGUCUUGAUUCCAAAGGCCGGUGUGUCUACAGUGGCGCUCCGCCUGAUUUCAGCGAGGUGGAUGUGAUCCAGCUCUAA